CUUAAAGAUUUAACUGAAGAAUUAGAAAAAAAUUUUGAAUAUUCGAUGUUGUAUCAAAUACUUGAUAUGAUGAUGAAGAAUCCUGAUCUCUGCGAUGUAACAGAAAAAAAAUAUUACUGGUAUCUGUUACAAGUGGAAAAAUUAUAUGAAGGAAAAGUGUGGACUCAAAAAGAUAAAGAAAAAGCUCAGGAAUUACUAAAAAAAUACACAGAAAAUAACAAAACAAGACACCGGGAAAAAGCUGAUAAUGAACUAAGAAAUAUAUAUCUAAAUUUACCAUGUGAAAUCAAAAAAGAUCAAAAAGAAAUUUUUGAAAAUGUAAACGAAUGGUGGAAUAGAAAUAUCAAUCAAGCCAAAGAAUCUCGAUUAGAAAUUCCGGAUUCAUUAAAAAACGAUAUACAAUAUGAAUUACUCGAUAGGGAAACUUUUUUAAAAUUAGCUUUAAAUUAA